CGUUUUCUAUGGUCGGGGGGAGGGAUCUAUUUGGAGGUCUUUUUCAUGUCUUUUUUAGGGAGGAGUCUCUGUUCUCUUUUGGGUCUUUUAAGGUCUUUUUGUCCAAAGUUGCCUGGUGAUCGCAUUCUUCUCUGCACUGUGCAUUUUGGCAUUGGUUUUCCCGGAAGCCUUUAUAUUAUUAUUAUUGCCUCUGGAUUAUUAUUGCCUAUUUCCCUUAUUUCCUUAUUUCUUAUUCCUGAUUCCUUAUUUCUAAUUCCUUAUUUUCUUGCUCUUCUAUCAUUUCUCUUCCGGCACUCGUCACAUUUUGCCUUUCGACUAUCGACCUCAACCUCCAGCUAGACUCCUACUCCUUCUAGUCUAUUCUCGUCCCGGAUUUGGAUAUUACCAACUCUUGCUGGACUGAUUAUUCUCCAAGUGGUUGGAACUUGAAGAUCUUCCUCUCAUCAUCAUUCUCGUCCGCUUAACAUCUCCGCCUUCAAUCAUCAGCAGCAAACCCCCAUUUUCGCCUCUUCCCCCCAAUUCCGACCUACCAUUAUCAUUAUCUCUUGUAAACAUUCCUACCUUCUUUCUAACGCUUCAAUAAUUCAGAGGGUCAGUUAGUCAUGGACCCGUACCCUCCACCAUCGUCCAUGACCCUCUCCCCUCAAUCACCGCCCGUCGGUCAACCAUCGACCGUUUUCCGGCCCCGCCGAUCCGACGACUGGCACGAGUAUCGCGAAAUCAUCGAGCAACUCUACCGCAACGACCAGCUCAAGUUGCGAGAUGUCAAGCGCAUUAUGGAACGGGAUUACAAGUUCUAUGCCUCAGAAAAACAGUACAAAGACCGUCUUGCCGCAUGGCAUGUUCGCAAAAACAUCAAGGCUAAAGAAGUCCACUUGAUGAUUCGCAAACAGCAGAAGCGUGCCGCCCGAGGAAAGGAGACUGCUUUCCGGGUAAAUGGCCAAAAUGUCGACCCUAAACGCAUUGCACGCUUCCUUCGCCGCUACGGUGAAACCUGGGAUCAGAAGGGGGAUCGGCAACGAGAUCGAGAUGCUGAGGAUCAAAGUCCUGAGCCGAAAACCCCAUCUGAUAUGACUUGCUAUACGCCCGAACCAGAAGAGAAUGUUGCCACGCCAGUCUCUCCACCAGACAUCCAGUCACCCACAAGGGAAACAUCGAGCUACCCACUCAAUUACGACCCUGUUUCAAUCGACACCCUCCCAGAUCUCAUCAUGGACGACGACCAUCACUCAUACCCAAUGCAGAUGCACAACGGACCCCGACGAACUUACCACCCCUCAGAGCCAACCAUGCAACCAGUAACCCACCAACCUCAUCUAUCUCACCCUUCAGCACACCCACUCCCCCACUCAGCAGUCACACACUCACUAGUCCACCAACUACCACUCCCAGCGGGCAUCCCAUCCUCCCAGAAUCCGGAUCACCUUCCCCCAGUGGCCCUUCCGCUACCGGGAACCUCGCAGCACCAGCAGCAUCGAGGCGGCAUGAACGGUCCACCGGAAUUAUUCACGCAUCCGGGCGCGGGGAGUUAUUCCAGUUUGGAUGCGUUUCAGAAUCGGCUUGGCGAAUUGCAGAAUACGCUUAAUGAGUCCAUGGCGAAGUGGAAUCGUGAGGGGGAUCCUAAUCAGGAGAUUCCUCAUCAUGAGGGGUUGGGGUUGUGAGUUGGUUGUGGAUGAAGUUGUUUCUGUUGAUGCAGAUUUCAUGGUCCUGGUCCUGGUCCACGACUUAGUGGACUGGACCGGGGGUUUGUUUUCUUUGUAUCGAGUGAUUUGAUCUUGAUCUUGAUAUUCUAUGAUGUAUAUGGCCCGUCUUUUCUUCUUUUCGUCCCCUUUUGUUUCUCUUUUUGCCUUUUUUCUGUCUAAUCUUUCAUCUGGAGCGUCUGUUUCUUCUUCCUAUUUGCCCAUUUCCCCUUAAGCCCAUUUUCUCCUUGGUCCUCUCUUCUCUCUCCUCCUCUCUUCUCUUCAUUUCUUGUCUCAUUUGUCCUCUUAUCAUUCUCAUCACCAUUAUCCUUGUUCAUUUACCUACCCACCAUCAUCAUCACGUAUCCACGCAUUUCAGACAGGGAAAGAUUGAGAAAGAAAAAAUCAUAGCAACGGCGUUUUGUUCUUCGUUUUUUUUUACCUGCUUUGCCAGGUUUGCUUAGAGUGGUCCUUCCUGGCUUGAUCUGACCCCGUUGUGCAUAGCAUUACUUACUCGUUCCAUCAGGUCCUCGUACCUCAUCCUCGACCUAAG